ACAAACAUUCUAAUCAUUUGAACGGUCACUGAGUGUGAAGACAAUUUUUUUUUUUUCCAUCGGUUCGGUGCACGAAGGAAGUGAAACUACGCGCUGUUCGCGAGAUCGUGGUACCGAUGGUCGUCCCGUGAGCUGCCAUGCCGGAGGAACGCCGGCGAAGGGAAAUUCGCGAGACCGCGAGGAAAAGUUUUCCCGAGAAACCCGGCGUAAUGAAGCGAGGGGGUUGAGUUUCGCUUUCCGAGGGGGGAAGUUGAAGUUUUCCCCGAAAGGCGGUUCCUCUCUCCCGUCCCCCUAACUUCCACCGGGUUGUGGCAUCGAUUGAGGUUGUCUUCGGGGAACGGUAUAUAUAAUUUUUUUUCUUUAGAAGCCGCGCCUAGCGCGAGGCGACGCGAAAAUCGCGGAUCUCGUGUCACCCGUGUCGCUGUGACACCGUCGAUCAAACAGCAGCAAGAGAAAGGAAGGUGUCAUCCGGGGGCUCCCGUUUCAUGCGGUCAUCAGUCUCAGCGGGGAAGACAGCUCAUCGAUAGCCAACAUGGGGAUUUACCAACUCCUCUUGGGACUCCUGUUCGUCUCUGCUGCUCAAGCCAAGAUAGGUUACUUCUGGCACAUCACCGACAUUCAUUACGACGAGCACUACUCGUCCACCGGAAACUCCGGGAAAAACUGCUGGCGCACAGAUGGCGCGGCGGGCGGCGCCAGGCCGCUGGGCAGGUUCGGCGACUACAACUGCGACUCGCCCUGGGCGCUGGUGCAGUCCGCCGCCAAGGCCAUGCGCGACAAGCACGGCGACAACAUAGAGUUCGUGCUGUGGACCGGCGACGGCGCCUCGUACACGGGCGGCCGCUCCUCCGACCACCAGCUGCAGGUGCUGAAGAACCUCACCGACCUGCUGAGGCACACGUUCAGCAGCCAGUUCGUGUUCCCGGUGCUGGGUCACGAGGACCCCAACCCGGGGCUGGGGCAGAGCUACGGUGAGGUGGCCGACCUGUGGAGCCACUGGCUGCCCACCGAGGCCCUGAACACCAUCGGCCGAGGCGGCUACUAUACAUUUGAGCAAAAGGGAAAGAAACUCAGACUUGUGGCUCUGAACACGAACGUGUACGUCAAGGGCGGGAUCUUGAGCUUCGACGAUGAUCCCAUCGGCCAGUGGAACUGGUUGGAAAAUGUGCUAGAUAAGUCCAGGAAAAGUAAAGAGACGGUGUACCUGGUGGGUCACAUUCCUCCCGGGGUGGAUGAGAGACAGAGCGGGGCGUUGGUCACCCCUCAGGCAUCCUUCCAAGAGAAGUUCAACAGGCAGUACCUCAGGCUGGUGCGCAAAUACUCCGACAUCAUCGUGGGACAAUUCUUCGGGCACCUCCACUCCGAUUCGUUCCGCAUCAUCUAUGCGGACACCGGAAGGCCAGUCUCCUGGAUGUUCAUCGCCCCAGCCUUGUCGCCAAGAAGGAUCCCAAGCGGAGCCAACAAUCCUGGCCUGAGACUUUACAAGUUCAACACGGACACUGGACAGGUGCUGGACUACGUGCAGUACUAUCUGGACUUGGUGGCGGCCAACCAGCGCGGCCAGGCAGACUGGCAGCAGGAGUACAACCUCACGAACUACUACGGCCUCGGUGAAGUGUCGGCGGCGUCCUUGAACGAGUUGGCUGAGAGCUUCAUCACGCCAGAAGGGUCGCAGCUGUUUGCGAAGUACUACCGCGCCAACUCGGUCCAGCAGCCCUACAGCUCGGACCCGCGCAACUGCGACCUCAGCUGCACCUUCAACCACUACUGCGCCGUGACGCGCGUGGACUACGCCGAGUUCCAGAGCUGCCUGGAGGCGGAGACGAGCGCCUUCUCGGCCAGGACCUCGAGGACCCCGCUGUGGGGCGUGGUCGCGACGCUGUCCUUCGCGGCGGCCUGCCACGCGUCCUGA